GCAAAGCAAUGACUUAUAAAAGCAUAUUUGCGAUAACAUUAACAUAAACUUAAAAAGAAAAAGAGCUCAUGGGUACAUAUUUAUUCAUAUUUUUUUAUCAUAAAGCACGUUUAUUAAAUUCAAUGCGGAAAACAUAAUAUUUACGCAAUUUUUGCUUAUCAAGUUUGCUCGCCGCAAUUAGACUUAUAACGCGAAGCAGUGCUUCAUCAUAGUACAGAAAAUCUUAGCAAAUUUAUUUGUGAACUGUGAUAUAACACGUGGAAAGAGUAUUACGCCUCUACAAUACACACACACACACAUUUAUCUAACCCCGAAACUGAUAAAAACAAACACGUCAAAAUAUGUCGCAGAAUCAGUCAUAUUUUUGGCAAACCACCAAACAUAAUGUCUUUCUCAAACGUUCGGCCAGAUUACAAAUGCUAAUAGCGCUUAUGGCCGUGCUAACGUUCUCCACCAUAUGUCAGGCAGAGGUGGCACGUAAGGAGAUUGACGACAAUGUUGCCACAUUAAGUGCACCAAGCGCUUUCCCCGAUAACAGACAGUACGUAAAAGAUGCCAUGAAUGGAAAUGCAGCAAAUGAUUUGAAUGAAGCGGACGCCACCAAAGAGCCAAAAACGAACUCCGGCUUUAUCGAUGCGUUCUCAGCAUCGAUAUCAGUGAUAUUAUUUACUGAAUUAGGUGAUAAGACUUUCUUCAUUGCUGCCAUCAUGGCGAUGCGCCAUCCGCGCUUAAUCGUCUUUGCUGGCGCCAUAUCAGCGCUGGCGCUGAUGACCGUACUCUCGGUGGUGUUUGGCAUGGCAGCUACCAUUAUUCCUAAGGUUUAUACAUAUUAUAUCUCAACGGCGUUGUUCGCCAUAUUCGGUUUGAAAAUGAUCUACGAAGGUUACUUCAUGAAGGACAGCGAUGCGCAGGAGGAGUUGGAAGAGGUGCAAUCGACUUUGCGUAAACGUGAGGACGAGUUAAUGCGUAAGCGCAGCAAAUACGACGAUGCUGAUGCCAAGCGCAAGAACAGCAACUCGGACAAGGAGGAUGAGUGUUUGGAGCGUGGCGCUGGCGUCACUGCAAACAACUCCAUUGACAACGACAGCAACAUCACUACCACCGUCAUUGUUGCGCAUAGCAAAAAUCCCGAUAUGUCACAUAGACAACGCAAACACAACAACCACAACAAUAAUAAUAAUAUUAAUAAUCAAAAAAUUGGCUGUGAUGUAAGCAAGGAUGCCGCUGAUUCGGACAACAGCAGCUGCCAUGAAAACGAUAUCUUCCUAAAAGGUGUGAAUGGUGUUAGUGGUGUUGGUGUCGGUGUUGCCGCUGUUGACAACAUGAAAUCAACGAACUUCCACAGCAGUCCCGCACUGUCAGCAUCCGUGCUUUCGAAUCAAACUGAACAAACAAAUUGUGAUGAAUUUACUAAUAGUCCAAAUAAGCUUAAUUUUAAGUCGAAUAAUGAUAGCGGCGACGAUGAUGGCAUUGAUGAUCAUCAUAAUAUUGACAUAAUAGAUGGUGGUGAUGAUGAUAAUGCAACUGUGGAUAGUGGUCAUGGUGGUACACCGAUACAUGGUAAACGCGCUAAACAAACGAAAACAGGUAGUGUUAAACAAGCAACGGUUAUGGUGCAUUCAGCAUCUGCCUCAGCUAUCGUUAUGUUGCAUAACAACAACAAUAAGCAUGACAUCAUUACAGGCACCAGUAAUAGUAUAACUAGUUUAAAUAGCCUGAAUCUCAACGCGAAGAUCGGUGUAGGCGCUGGCGAAACGAAUGGCGAGCUGAAACAACUCGGUGGCAGCAAGAAGCGGCUGGAACGUUCGGCCAGCUUAGUGCAGGAUCCGGAAAGUGGUGUUGUGCGCAAAAAUGCAAAGAAGAGCGCCACGCACAUGACAAUGCGCAUACUGAUGCAGGCCUUCACGAUGACUUUCCUAGCCGAAUGGGGCGAUCGCUCGCAACUCACCACCAUAAUUUUGGCCGCUAGCAAGAAUGUCUACGGCGUCAUUACCGGCGGUAUUAUUGGCCACUCCAUCUGCACCGGCCUGGCUGUGAUCGGUGGACGCAUGGUGGCCGCUAAAAUUUCUGUACGCACUGUUACCAUAAUUGGCGGCAUUGUAUUUGUUGGAUUUGCUGUAUACGCUUUGAUUGUGAAACCAGACGAUAUUUAAAGUGCAGCUUAAGCAAAUUGAAACAAAAGGCAACUCAGACAAUGGACGACGUUUAAUGGAAGAAUGAUGGCAACAUAGCAAAUAAUUUACAGUUAUUACACAUUUAGAAACUAAAAAGCAGUAUACACAAAAAUAAUUAUAUAUUUUUUACAAAGUGCUCAAAAGGAAUUUACAAAUUUUUGCUCUUCUUUUAUACUUAAAUAUAUAUUUUGUUCUUACACAAGUUUCAUACUUUCACAACUAAAGUGCCUUUAAUGCUAUUUUGCGAUUUUGUAAGUUUUUGUAUGUGCAAAUAUGCGUUCACAAAUGAAAAGAAAUACAAAAGCAAUAAGCAAACAUGACAUUUUUAGUUGUUUUCAAUAAAACUUUUUCAACUUUUUGUGCAUUAGCUAAUUUUCGCUUCAAUCUAACCACACUUUUUAGAAAAAUUCUUGUAAAUUAGUUUAUGUUGCACUUAAUAUAACUAAAUUUUUGCCAAAUUACUUAAAGCACGCUGUUGUUUAUUUUAGACACACAUGUAAAGCCAAGCAGGGAAGCAUAUUAAUGUGGGGUAGCAAGAAAAAAACUUUAAAUGCAUAUAUAGAGCAUAGAGACAAUACGAUAUUGAUUUUUGGAGACAUCACGAUUUUUAUUACAGCAUAUUUCUUUUGUAACGGUACACAGCCGGUACAAGCUGUUUCAAAAGCACCUAACCUCAAAAAUAUUUUCGCAAAACCUUUAAACUGUAACAAUAGUUAGAAAAUAAUCAUCUCCACUCAUAUUUAUGAAUACACAACAGCUUAUUUUUUAUAAAAUUAAUUUUUUUAUAAUUUUUUUUUUUUAAUAAAAUUAAAAUUUCUAAAUUUUUUUUUUUUAUUGUAACAAUUCUCAUAUUAAUC